AUGGGCGCCGGCAGCUCCGCCGAGCCGGCCGCCCCGCAGGACGGGGCCGGGGCCGCCACCGAGCCCCCCAGCACUCCCCCGGAGCCGCUGCCCGCAGAAGACGCGGCGGAGCCCCAGCCACCGGCGGAGCCCGCCAAGGCUUUAAAUGCAAGUUUGCCAGUACCUGAUGUUGGUGAAGACAGUUUGAAGGAUGAUGCCUCACCACAGGAGCCACUGCAGCUGGGAGCUGUUACAGCAUCCAAGGAAUCGGGUGGGCAGCAGUCAGAGGUGGCUUCACCGCUCCAAGAACCACCCGGAGAGCAAACAGAGGCUGCUGGAGCAAAUGUUGGACAAACAGAACAUUCCAGUGUAACUGUGAAGGAAGACACUGAAACUAUGGAGACAAAUCCAUCUGACUCGGGCACCACAGACGGUGUAGAUGCUGAGAAGGAGGAUGCUCAAUCAAUUAAGCAGUUGCCAGCUUUGGAAGAAGUUGCAGAAGACCAGGUGGCAGAGCCACAGUCUUAUGAUCUGGGUUUUAAAAAGGUUUUUAAAUUUGUUGGGUUCAGAUUCACAGUGAAGAAGGAAAAGACAGGAAAAUCAGAACCCGUUCAGCUGCUUACUGUGAAAAAGGAAGCAAAGGUCCCUGAAGGAGCUGAUGAUGAAAAAGAAGUUGCCUCAGAAGAAACAGCAGUGCCUGAGGAUGUACUCUCUGCAGAAGACAAUACCAAAGAUACACUGAAAAACGAAAAAACAGAAGAAGAAUCUCCUAAAAUACCAGAAGCAACUGAGACUUGUUCUCAGACAGUUGCCUUAGCCACUGAAACUGCAUCGCCAUUAAGAAAACUUUUUACUCAAGGAUGGACUGGAUUUAGAAAAAAGAAAAGUUUUAGGAAGCCUAAAGAAGAUGAACAACAGUCUCCUGUGAAAGAAGAGGAGAUAGAAAAAGAGGAGACAACAUUAACAACUGAAAUCAGUGAAAGGGAGGAGAAACCUGAGUCUGAGAAGCAAAAUGAAGAGAGAAAUGUGACAGCAGUAACUGUUGAAGCACAUGAAAAGGAGCAAACUGAAGGUGAAAUGCAGGAGUCAGAAGAGACUCUGUCAGCCACAGGAGCAGAAGGAAGUGAAAAGAAAGAGGUAGUCAAGCAUGAUGAGGAGGGGCAAAAAGAGGACCCAGCAGCUGUAAAAGAAAGUGCAGAGGAAAAAAAAGAUGAUCAAGAAAGGAAACUGGUGGAAGUCCCAGAAAAUCUUGGUAAAGAGGAAGAAAAAACUGAAGAAGGAGAGAAAGAAGGUGAGGUGACAGAGAAACCACUAGAAACAAAGUCAGUGGUACCUCUUGUCACUGACAGUGUGAAUGGAAAAGUGACAACAUCCUCAGAAGGCCUACCUGUGGGAGAAAAACUGGAGUCAAUGGAAAAGUGUGAAAGAGAUGACAGAACUGAAAUAGCCUCUGAAGAGACAUGUGAAACAGGGUCUGAGGCAAUGGAAAUUUCUAGUGAUCAGCUUAGAAAAUCUGAAGGAAAACAAGGAAGUAAAAAUGCUCUACUUGGGAAAGAGACAUUAGAUGAAAAAAUGGAGGAAGCAGAAUUAAAAAUGUCACCCACAGCAGAAGAUGUUGCACAGGGAGAAGCUCUGGAUAGAACCACAGAGAAGAAAGAAAGCAAAGAACUACUACUCUCUUCUACUUCUGAGCAAUCCGUUGACACAGAGGAUAAUCAACAGUCAGUCAAACCCGCUGAUGAAGGACUGCAGGGAAAACCUGGCACAGAUACAACUGAUACUGUCAAACCAGAUGAAACAACCAUGGAAGUAACUUCUGAAGAGGCAGCUGGAAAGAAGCCUCCAGAAGGUAUCACAAAUGAAGCAGAACUCCUGUCUUCUCAAGAAAAGACUAAAUUACAAGGUAGCCCUUUGAAGAAACUCUUUACAGGUACUGGAUUGAAAAAGCUGUCUGGAAAGAAGCAAAAAGGUAAAAGAGAAGAAUCUAAGUUAGGGGAACAGGGUGAGCCAAUUCAGCAGUUAUCAGAUUCCCCAGAUAGCCCAGAGGAACAAAAGGGGGAGAGUUCUGCUUCUUCUCCUGAGGAGAUGAAUGAAAUUCCCUCUUUGGAAAAAUCCACAGAAGGAAUGCAGGUCACUGAAAGUGAGGAUGCCACAAUUACAGAUGUGGAGCGAAAAAGAGAAAUUGUUACACCUUGGGCAUCAUUUAAAAAGAUGGUGACUCCCAAGAAACGUGCCAGAAGGCCCUCUGAAAGUGAUAAAGAAGAAGAAAUUGAUAAGACAAAAAAUGUUGCAGUAUGUGCAACUGAAAAUGUUGCUGAUGAAAAUCAGGGAGAAAUACAAGAAAAUGGGAUUGACCAGAAACCAGAGAAAAUUACAGAAGAGCCCAAAAGAAAAGUUGAUACCUCUGUCUCCUGGGAAACUUUUAUAUGUGUAGGUUCUUCAAAGAAAAGAGCCAGGAAGUCAUCAUCAUCUGAUGAAGAAAGCCAAAAAGUAGAAGAGUCUGGACAGAGCAAGGAAACAGCGACAGAUGCAGUUCUUACUAGCUCUCAGGAGAGUGACCAAGGACAAGGGAAUUCUUCCCCAGAACAGGCUGGAAGUCCAUCUGAAAGUGAAGGUAUUUCAACAUGGGAAUCGUUUAAAAGGUUAGUUACUCCAAGAAGGAGAUCCAAAACCAGAAUGGAGGAGAGAAGUGAAGACUCUGUUGUGGAGCAUUCAACAUCGGAUGGUGAGCCUGGAAAAGAUGAAUCAUGGGUUCCAUUUAGAAAACUGAUGCCUGGGCGCAGGAAGAAAAAGUCAGAUGGAAAGCCAGAACCAGCUCAUCUUAAACAAGCGAGAGAAGACAUGGCAGAAACAGCUGAGGAAGAUUCUGAUGUUCCAGCUGUUGUUCCUUUAUCUGAAUAUGAAGCAGCAGAACAGGAGAAAAUGGAAGCUCAACGAGCGAAAGAUGCUGAAGCGACGAGAGAACAAACCUCAGAGGAAGAGAGAGCAGAAAAGGAGACCCUAAAGACGGGGCAAAGAUCUGAAGGGCUGAUACAUGCAGUAGCUGUGGAAGAAGAAAGGGCAGUGAGCAGCAUUGAGGAGAGGUCACCAUCAUGGAUAUCUGCUGCUCUGACAGAGUGCAUUGAGCAGGUGACAGAAGAGGAAGAGAAAGAAACUCAGAAAACAGCUGAACCAGGUGUUACUGUGGAGGAUGCAGUGGUAGCUGCUGAGACAGUGCCAGAGACUAGAAAGGAUGUAAGUGAUGACACCGCAGCAAGUGAGCUGGAGCUAACCUCUGAAGCUGUGACUGCUCUGGAGACAGCAGAAGCUUCCUGUGCUGAAGAAACCAUGGAAGUGUCCCUUGCUGAGGAGACAACUGAGAUGGUUUCUGCUGUUUCACAGUUGUUAGAAACCCCAGAUACUACAGAGGAAGCUACACCAGUUCAAGAAGUAGAGGCCACCGAACAAAAUUUGAAAGAAUUGGACAAACAGACACAAAAAGUUCUUCAUGAAGUUGCUGAAAGAGUAAAAUCAGAUGUAACACAGCCUGUUAGUGAAAGAGCUGUGACAGAAACUAUAAUUACAACCGUACAGGGACCUGAGUCAGAAGUGAAAGGUGCUGCUAAAGAUGGGAAUGUUGUCAGCCAGGAAACCGUUGUGCUUGAACACAGAGAGGAUGGCUCCCAGCCCCAGCAAAGUGCACUGAGCAUUCAGGGCCAAAACGGAGUUGAAGAGAAUGUAUUACCUGAAGGUUCAGCAAAAAGUGUAAUACCUUCUGUGAUGGAAGAAAGCACAGAUGGAUGUCAAGGAUAUGUAGAAGACCAUAAAGAAGUAAAUGAAGUGCAGACGACAACAGAGGAAACUUUAUCACAUGACAAAGAGUUUCACAGCACCAAAGCCAUCACUCCCAAGGAAGAGCUGCUUGCAAACCAGGAGCCUUCAGAGCAAGAGAAACUGCCCAUUACAGAGUUGACACCGGAUGAGACAAGAGAUCAAUGUGCUCCAGAAGGAGAGCCUGCAGUUCAGGACAAGACAGAGGAUGGAACCUCAUCCUUGGGGCUUACAGCUGAAAAGCUUGAAGGAGAGGGCAGAACGCUCACUGAGGGAUCAGAGUGCACAGAAGCAGUUGUCACUGUUAAAACUGAGAAACAAGAUGGAAUUCCUGACUCAGAAGAACAAGUUUGUGCUGAAGGAGUUCCUAGCAGGACACCUGCCCGGAGAGAGGAAGAUGAUGCUGUGCACAAUGGAGUAAAAAGCACAGAAGUCACCGUUCCUGAGGUUCUACUGCAGAGCAAGGGAAAAGCCUCUGCCCUUCCCUCAAAAACAGUUGGCUCAGAAGCAGCUGCAGAUGCUGAGCAGAGCAUGAGCAAUGGGUGUGACAGGGACAUUGCAGCAAAAGAUUCUGUGCCUGUCACAGAGCCACAAUGCAGAGACAAAACAGCUGAAACCCCCUCCAAGAGUGAUGAAGUGGAAGGUGCUGUGCUCAAAUCUGAAACACGGUUGGAGGGCACUUCCAUCGUUGCUGAGGCUCCCGUGCAGAUUAAAGCAGAUGGGGUAUCUAAUUUAUCAUCAGCAUGCCCAGAGAUUGUUGAAAAUGAAAGUGCUGUUAUCACUGAUAAAUGUCCUAAGAAAUGUGAAACACCCAGCAGUUUGGCUGGAGAAGAGACCGUGGGAAAAGGACAAGAACUUGUAGAAACCUUGAACUGUCAAGGUUUCCAGAAAGAAGAUAAGAAAAAUGAGCAAUUGUUGGAUGGAGCCAAAGAAGUAUUUGAAUACGGAAAACAGGAAUCUGUGAGACACGAUGAAUGUUCAACUGCUGUCCAGCAAGAGGAGGGCUCUGGCUCAGCCUUUCCACAGGCUGAAGGCUUGGGGGCUCUGAAAACACCUGUGGCUCUAGCAGCUGCAGCAGGUGGAGAGCAUGUCGUGGCAGAAACUGCGACACGCUCAGACGUGACAGCCAAAACUGUACACUUGGCAACUACUCCAGAGCAAAUGGCUUCUGAGGAGGUCCCAGUUUCUAACACUGACUGUUCAGGCUGUGGGACUGCAGAGCUUGCUGGUGUGGAGGCACCCAAGCCUGGAGUGACUUGUGCUUCCGUGAAUGGAGUAUCAGAGGAGCAAGAGCGGCCCCAGAGCACAGGGCAGGCUGAACACAAUGGCAUUCCUUCCAGUCACAGUCUGUCUCCCAGCCACCCUGAAUUUCAGAAGCAUGUGAUUCAGUCUGUGGUCAUAGAGUCCCAGAGCACAAAAAUUGUGUUGAAUGCCAUCCAGUCAGCUGUCCACAAACUUGCAGAAACAGAAGAGUCGGCUGCCCUCGAGUCAGAGGAGAGCAUUAAGUCCAUAGGGAAAAGCCCAUCAGAUAUAAUUGUACCUGAACUUCUGGGAAGUACACAGGUAGAUCAACAGCUUCCAGUAAAAGAGGAAGAGAUACAGAGUAAGGAACAAGAGCUCAAGCAAACAGGAAUAGUGAAAACUGCUACCUUAACUGAGUCUGCAGAAAUCCAUGCAACUGUGGAAAAAAAGGACAUGCCUUUAAUUUCUGAGAUGCUGAAAGAUGGGCAAAGUCAGAAUUCUUUAACAGUUGUGACAAGCUCUGAAGAAAUUUCAAGGGGAAGUGUGAGACUUCAGAAAUUAACCCUAGAACAAAGUACUUCAGAAGAUUCAACCAAAGACACCCUAGACAUGCACACACCAAAAUUAAGGGAAAAAGAGGUUGGGUACAUUAUGGAAAUCUCAGACCAACAUACAGGACAGCAAACAUGCAGAGAAAGUGAGGAACAACUAUAUCAUCCACCAGUGGAAGAUGGGAAAACACAAAUGUGGGAGGAUGACGGUUGUCAAGAAGGAACAUCUUGUGAUAGACAAAGUCAGAACUCAUUGGCUCUGACGCCUUGAAUAUGUGCUAAGCAUCCAUGUGGCAUGUGGAGAGAUGCCAGUCCUAGAGAACAACUGACAAUCCUGCCACAGAACCAGGAGCUUUAUUCACUACCCUUUAUUCUUGGAUGUUAACAUCUGUUCUUUUGAAGACCUCGCCUUGCCAUUUUUGUUAAAAAACAAUGCCUUUAAUAUUGGCUGUAUCCAUACCUGUGUUCCAUGAAGGUUAUUUGUCUCUGCCCAAAAUAGUCCAUUAAGACUGGAGCUGCACCACUCAGUGACUGGGCAGACCACUAAAAUUUUUGCCAUGGUUAUUACUGUGCCCUCAUUUAAUGUGUGUCCUGACUGUCCAACCUCCUUGAAUCCCUUCACUUGUCCCUGAGUCUCCCUCCCUUGUUUAGCAGUCUCCCUUACCACUCACAUCUUUCCUAGCUGCCUUGAUCUGACCUGUGAAUGGCUGUAGGUGCUACUCAGCUUGUGUGUGAGGGGGAAGAGGAGGGCUGGCUGAUGAGAACACAUGAGACAUCUGGAUACGUCUGUCAAACAGCAGGAACUGGAUCACGCACAAAUUGUUUGAGCAAGGUGCUCAAGUUUGCUGCCUUUCAGUCCCAUUCAGGUAUCUCUGUCCAUCUUUCAGUUGUAUUUGUGCAGGCCUGAUUCAGUCAGAAAUUAUAUCUACAGUGUAGCUUUGAAAGGAGAUGGAAAAUACCCUUCCUCUGUUGUUCCAGACUUCAGGUCUCAGGACUGGACUGUAAUGUAUUGAAUAUUUAUAUGUAUGUCUUAAACCCAGUUCUGAUUUUAAUGUAGAGCGAUGAUACUUCUGUACUGUUUAGGCAUUCCCUUAAAUGAAUAUUGUAGAGUAGCCUGGAGAGGAAAUUGAUACUUAUUGGAGCAGAAAUUGAUAACAUGUAGUUUCCUAUUUAUUGUUCCAGGUUUUUCCCCCUGUAAAAUCUCUCCAAAAAUUUGGCUGUCUUGCUUUGAAUAUUUAUAUGUAUACCCUAAACCCAGUUCUGAUUUUAAUGUAGAACUAUGAUAUUUCUAAUGACAAAAGGAGAGCCCUGACCUGACCCACUGCUCACUUCUACUUGCUGACCUCCCUGGUUUCUGAGAACCCUCCAGACACCACCACUUGUUCUGGUGCCACUUUGUAUCUCACCUCUCUGAUUCCAAGCUCUGCUAAUUUCUGGUGACUGCCCCAUCCAAUGCAAAGCUUUUCCCUGCCCUAUAAUGUCUUAACAUCUUCCCUGCAUACACACUUCCUUCUUUCCCAAUCCCUGCCUGAACUGUUUUCCCACCUCACCAUUUUUUGAAAUUCUCCCCACUCCUGACAAUUCUCUGUCUCUUCUGAGGCAGGAGUAGAAAAGAGGAAAAAAGGGACUUGGUAAUGAGUUCUGCCUUGAAUUUCAAAAAGCUGAUGAGAUUUUUGGGGUCCUGAGGUCUUAAAAAGCUUCAUGAAAGGUGGAUUGGAUUGAGAGCAGGUGAGACCUGAAUGGGUAGGGUGAUAUAAAGAUGCUUAGAAGCCCCAAGAUUGAGAGUCCUGGGAUGUCUGUCCCCAGCAGGAAUUGGUCCUCUCCUUUGUUGUUUACGUUAAAAUCGAAUAAGGGGUACAAGUCAGUACUUUCAGCUCUGAUUUCCAAAGUGAAGGUUACAAUCACACGUUGUGAAACCAAUGCCCAUCAAGUUGAACAAUAACUCACUCUCAUACCUGUAUAGUAAUUUAUUUUAAAAUCAGCUUUAGUGUACAGAUGCUCUUGUUACGGCAGGUGCUGGCCUCUCCUCGAGGCUGCGCGUCCAGCGAGCGAUGUGACUGAUUGCACUGGUGUGAUUGCACCAUCUGGUGCUGCCUGCGUGGAAGCAUCAAAAGAUAUUUCCUUACCUCAGAGCGAAUUAUAUAAAUAUUUAAAGCCAAACAAUGUGGUUUCAAACAAUCCGGUCUAUCUCUGUCCAUUGUUAGUGGCAGCUUUCCCCCUUAGCUUUGGGCGAUUCCAAAAACCUCAGUUGGUUUCCACGCAUUUAGAUUGGCUUGCAAGGUAAUGAUGCUCUUAAUAACACCUCACAAGUGCAAACUUGGCUGAAUUUGUACAAAUUGUAUACCUAUGUACCUUAAGCCAUAUUGCAAUAACUGCAGCAGGUAAAACAAAAUAACAAAAGCAUGACCUGUGUAAUCCUGAUUCUUACGUUUGUAGCUCCAAAGCUGUUAAUAAUAUGUAAAGUUACUUCUUGUCUGAACCUCAUUUAAAUAAAGCUAGCUUUACCACAAUGUAAAUUGUCUGUUGGUAGUAAUUGAGCAGGCAAGGGCUUUUAACUUGCCUGUUCUCUCCAUUAAUCCAGGGCCUAGGUAAGCAAUGCAACAAACCUAACUAUAAAACAAAUACAAAAUCUUCUUUUUAUAACUGACAGCUAAAAAUACCUGCUGCAUCCAAAACCACGCUAAUGGUGCAGGGAGCAUGUCUCCACAAAAAGACACUACUUUGUUCCAGUGUAUUGCUUUGGCCUCUGAAACUCUCCUUGAGACUGUGACUUCUGGCUUGUGCUUAAAAGCUUGAAGCUUCCUCUAAUCCAAUGUAUUGGGUUACUAAAUUUGAUUUUGUGUUUUUAAGGUAGAUUUCAUUGAUUAAAUAAAAUGCAACUACAAAUUUGUUCUAA